AUGCUUAGUCAAAUCUUAGCCGGUCAAAACACUCAAAAGGCAAAGAAUGAGAAGCGCUUUAGGGAGUAUGACAGCCGUUUCACGAGGCACGAGAGUGAGUUGAGAAGCCAAAAGGCUUCCAUGCAGACCAUUAAGAACCAAGUUGGCCAGAUUGCCAAGAUGUUGUCUGAGAGACAACAGGGGGGCCUUCCGAGCAACACAGAGCCUAACCCAAAUGCUACUGCAAAGGCCAUCACAUUGAGAAGCGGCAAGACCCCUCAGCCCAUCCCUCCGGCUGUUCCAGCAAAGUCGGAUGACGAUGAUGGGGUUGAUGAGGAGAUUGAGGCUGAGUCUCCGGGUGAGGUACAACAGAGGCGAGUCCCAGCAAGUACCGCACGACCCAAGGAGCCAGUGAGAGAGUAUGUCCCUCCCAUUCCAUAUCCGGGGAGGUUGAAGAAGCAGAAAAUGGAAGAACACUAUGGUAAAUUCCUCAAGCUUUUUAAGCAACUUCAUAUAAAUUUACCAUUUGUCGAGGCACUUGCUCAAAUGCCUAAGUAUGCCAAGCUUCUGAAGGAUAUCCUAUCCAACAAAAAGAAACUUGAGGAGCUUUCGCAGGUGACCUUGAAUGAAGAGUGUUCAACGGUUCUUCAGAACAAACUGCCGAAGAAGAUAAAUGACCCUGGGAGUUUCACUAUCCCGUGUUUGAUCGGUAGUUUGUCGGUCAGCAAUGCAUUAGCUGGUCUUGGAGCUAGCAUAAACCUCAUGCCAUAUGCAGUUUUUGCUAAGCUAGACUUGGGAGAGCCCAAGCCGACUCGUAUGAGCAUUCAGCUAGCCGACCGUUCAGUGAAGUACCUUCGAGGCAUAGUUGAGAAUAUACUGGUGAAAAUCGGCAAGUUUGUCUUUCAUGUCGAUUUCGUGAUUCUAGACAAGGAUGAGGACAAAAAUGUUCUACUUAUCUUAGGCCGCCCAUUCCUAGCCACUGCGAGAGCCUUGAUUGAUGUCUGCACCGGUAGACUUACUCUUAGGGUUGAUGAUGAGGAGGUUACCUUUGAUAUAGGGAAAUCCAUGCAACACUCACAGAGUCAAGAUGAUACACUCUACUUCAUUGAGACUAUCGAUACGUAUGUGAGUGAUUAUCUUCAUGCUACAUUCGAGGAGGAUGUUAUGGACACACAGCUGCUAGGAGGGGAGACUUUUGGUUCGCCCCGUGUGGACCGAUUAGUUGAGGAGGUGACCUGUCUGAUAGGUCACGCGUCUCCCCCGUGUCCCGAGGUUUUUGAGGUUGUGGAUCGCGUUACUGAGCCUAAAGCGCGCCCUUCUAUUGAGGAUCCACCUUCGGUUGAGCUUAAGGAGCUCCCAGAUCAUUUGGAGUAUGCUUUCUUGGAGGGUGAGACUCAUCUGCCCGUUAUCAUUUCUGCCAAAUUGUCGAAGGAAGAGAAAGAUCGAUUGCUUGAAGUCCUGAAGCAUCACAAGAAGGCGAUUGCUUGGAAGAUUAUAGAUAUAAAAGGGAUCAAUCCAUCCUUUUGUACCCAUAAGAUCUUGAUGGAGGAGGACUUUAAACCUGUAAUACAGCAUCAGAGGCGUUUGAACCCCAACAUGCAGGAGGUUGCGAAGAAAGAGGUUAUCAAACUACUUGAUGUAGGUUUGAUAUACCUGAUCUUUGAUUCACCGUGGGUUAGCCCUGUACAGGUAGUCCCGAAGAAAGGAGGCAUGGCAGUGGUGACCAAUGAGAAAAACGAGUUGAUUCCUACUCGUACUGUCACCGGAUGGAGAGUUUGCAUUGACUAUCGCAAACUCAAUGAUGCCACGAGGAAGGAUCAUUUCCCACUCCCUUUCAUUGAUCAGAUGUUGGAGAGGUUGUCGGGAAGGAUGUACUACUGCUUCCUCGAUGGUUUUUCAGGAUAUUUUAGAUUCCCAUCUCUCCUGAGGAUCAGGGGAAGACGACAUUCACAUGUCCCUAUGGCACAUUCGCCUACCAGCGGAUGCCCUUUGGACUGUGCAAUGCCCCGGCCACAUUUCAGAGGUGUAUGGUGGCCAUUUUUCACGACAUGA